AUGAACGUUACACAAAAUGAUCAAACCCCACUUCCAUCGUUGACACUUGUCGACAAGGUUAUCGAGAGCAAAUAUCAAAUAUUGGAAGAGCUCGGGCGUGGUUCGUUUGGAUAUUUGUUUUUGGGACAAUCGCUUCGAGACAAUUCCUUUGUUGCUAUCAAGGCACUUUGCAAAUCAGGAUUAAAUCGCUCGCAAUUAGAGUUACAGCGACUGGAAGUGAGCAUUCAAACAUCACUUGAUCAUUCCCAUCUACUGGCACUUCACGAGACGUGUGAGGAUCAAGAUCAUUUAUUUAUGAUUAUGGAUCUUUGUGACCAAGGCGACUUGUUUGAUUAUCGAAUGCACAACAAACUUCAUGAAGACCAAGUUGUUUCCGUCUUUGUACAAAUUCUGGAUGCUGUGGGUUACAUGCAUGAUCACCACAUAUACCAUCGCGACCUCAAGUUGGAGAACAUUUUACUUGCCACAUCCGAAAAAGAUGAUCCUUUUUACUUGGAUGUCAAGGUUGGCGACUUUGGAUUGGCUACAAGAGAACGCUUUCAUCAAGAAACAGGAUGUGGGUCCGUAGGUUAUCUCGCACCUGAACAUUUCGCCAAUGGUAUCAAUCCGCCGGUGAUGGAUGCCGCUGCAUCCGAUGUCUGGAGUUUGGGUAUUCUCCUUAUCGCUAUGCUAUUUGGUCGUCAGCCAUGGCAAGAAGCCAAUCCACAGUCCGAUGCCACGUUCCAAGCUUUCCAACGCAACCCACGUAUUCUCAAACAAGAACUAUUUCCUUCGCUCUCCAUGGCCACCUAUCGUUUCUUGGUUUCUGUGUUAGUGCAACAUCCAUCAGAUCGACCCAUUGAUAUCGAAGAAUUGAAGCAACAGUUUCUUGGCAUCGACCAUUUAUUAGUUCGGAGUGAGGAUGAUGAUGAUGCCGAGGAUGAGAAUGAAACAUCAUGGCCGGUUGCUAUUCCUACGACUGGAGUUGUUCCAAAAGCAUAUGACCUUAAAGAUUCCGCCAUCUUUAGCUGCAACACCGAUGAAUCAUGGUCAGAUUUGGUGGAUGAAGAAGAAGCCCUUUUAAUUGAACAAUGUAGCAAAUCAUUAACAUUGGAUAAAGAAGAACAAGAAAUCUUUGUACAUGAAGAAGAAAUAUGGUGGCUUCAAUAA